AUGUCUACCAACAUCCCUGAAUCCAGUCUGCCUCCUCGCCCUGUCUUUGGCAACACCCUGGAGAGCCUCGGCUACUUCGUCGAUCAGAAUAGCCGCAUUCGCAAGAUCAGCAACCCUGAGGAAGGCUUCAUGUUUGACAAGACCAAGGAUGAGCGCAUCGCAAAGCUGGAAGCACAUGCUCUUCAACAGGCCGUUCGCCGUCUGGUUCUGUUCAAUCUGGCUACCAUGGGCAUAGAGACCAUGACCAUUCCUGUGGACGCCGACGUCGAGGGCGGACCACGCAUGAAAGUCCUUGUGACCAAGAAUCUGGAAAUUGCCAAGCGCAUUAUCGUCGUGUGCGGUGACGAAACCGAAGAUAUGGGGAUCUUCUCAUACCUCGACACUCUCGAGGAAGGUCUUUUCUUCGGCACCAUCCUAGGCCUGGUAAUGUGUCUGACCAAGCGCAGCCUUCUCGGAGACAUGGCUCUUGUCGUCCUGAACCCUGCUCAACGCUUCUGGAAUCCCCAGACAGAGCUUGCUGAGUCCCUCGAGACUUUCCGGCUGCGUGACGCACCCUCUCUGAUCACUCCUGUUCGUGACCCCACUCGUCGCAAUGAAAUUCCCGGAAACCGCACUCCGUACGAGCACACGGAGUAUGUCUUUGAGCACAUCCUCAUGCCUUUGAUGCGCGGAAACACCACGAUCGAUGUCUUGGGCAUCGCCGAGGGCGGCUUUGCCAUGUACCAGUUCCUGAAAGACAACUGGGCGUUCUGGCGUACGUUCACCUCGAACAUGACCCUCGUCGAUCCCCGUCAAAUCUUCGACCCUGCCACCAUUCCGGACCUGCGCUUCCCAAACUCAUUCGCGUCGUUCAUGCGAGACCGUUGCCGCGCCUGGGUCCGAUCUGACCUCCCCCUGGGCUCGCAUGAAAUCGGCAUCGGGGCCCGGGGCUGCAACUGCUAUGCAGCCGGUGAGACCAUGCACAUAAACGCCAUGCUGCCGCGUAGUCUGAAGAAAGUCCUGAUGUGGAUGGAGCUGAUGCACGCCAACCCAGCCAUGAAGGAGGUCCCCUGCCUCGUCGAAGGCGAAGCUUACAUGCUCGAACGAGCAGAUCGCAAUGGACCACCAGCUGACCAUGACUGGGCCGGCUCAUACGUGCUGUGCAAUCUGCUCCGCCUGAGUUGGUGCGGUCCUCAGGAUAAAUUAGAGCGCAAAUACCAGUGGGAGCUGUCGCUGUUCGGCCAUGCGCCCAAUGAUGCGUAUGUGGUCACACCCGAAAACCACAUCAACGCAACAAUGGGCCGGGUCUAUGGGUUCCUGGAGGCGUUGGAGGCGUUGGAGGCGGCCGGCGAUGGUGCGCACAGCGCGGACGAGGAAGGUGGUGUCGCCGCCUGA